AGUUGUCGUAUCACUGACUCUCCAUGGACCCAGAGGAUCAUCCUACAUCAGCACCCUGACCUAUCUCUUGGAACAUAUUACGUACUUAUUCUUCAAAUGAAAAAGAAAAAAAACAUAUACCUAAAUUUGAGUGUCUGUAGGUAUAUACAGAAAAAAUUAUAUGCUAAUUGUCGAAAAAUAUUUUUGAGUUUCAGUAAAAUCGCCGAUGAUGACCAAGUUUAGUGGACGUUUAUUGCUACACGCGGUAGUUUUGGUGGCUGCAGUAAAGUGUGAGGAACUGGUGGACAAGGAAUGGUGGGAAACCGCGUUGGUUUAUCAAAUCUGGCCAAGAGGAUUCCAGGAUAGCAACGGGGACGGAGAGGGUGACUUAAAGGGUAUCAUCAAUCGCCUUGAUUACCUUCAGAAUCUCGGCAUCGACACAAUAUGGUUAAAUCCAGUUUAUUCAUCGCCUCUGAUAGAUUCCGGAUACGAUAUUUCUAAUUACACCGACAUAAAUCCAGUUUUUGGUAAUCUUGAGUACUUUGAUGAAUUCAUAGAAGAAGCACACAAUCGUGACCUGAAAGUUAUUUUGGAUGUGGUGCCAAAUCAUUCUAGCAAUGAACAUAAAUGGUUUUUGCAGUCAAGUAAAAAUGUUUCACCAUACAAUGACUACUAUAUUUGGGAAAAUGGAACUAAGGAUGAAAAGGGCAAAAAUAUACCUCCUAAUAAUUGGAUAAGCACCUACAGUGAUGAAAAGGGAUCUGCAUGGACAUGGCACGAUACAAGGCAACAAUGGUAUUAUCAUAAAUUUCAUGAAUCCCAGCCUGACCUCAAUUUGAGAAAUGAAAAUGUGUUACAAGAAUUAUUGAAUGUUUUUGACUUCUGGUUGAAAAGAGGUGUUGACGGGUUUCGAAUCAAUGCAGUAUCAUACUUUUUUGAAGAUCAAGAAUUAAGGAAUGAACCUAACAUAGGAAAUGGAAGUUACACAACUGGAUUACCAGAAAAUACAGCUCUUAUCUAUAGAUUUCGUUCAUAUAUCAAUGACUGGGUAGAAACAAAUAAUGCUAGUUCAAAAUUAUUGAUUGCUGAAUCUUAUGAUUCUGAUGAUGUACUGAUAUCAUUUUAUGGUAAUGAUACCCAUGAGGGAAUUCCACCCAUUAAUUUUCGUUUUAUAACAAAUAUUCAAAACACAAGUACUGCAGGACAGAUCAAAAAUGUUCUUCAGGAUUGGAUUCAGAAACUUCCAAACAAUGCAAGCACAAAUUGGGUGCUUUCAAAUCAUGAUAAUUCAAGAGCAGCUUCAAGAAUCGGAUUAAACCGUGUUGAUGGUCUUCAUAUGCUUAAUUUGCUAUUACCUGGCCAGGCAUAUACUUAUUAUGGAGAAGAGAUUGCAAUGUUAGACAGAAAGAUGUCAUGGAACGAGACAAUUGAUCCCUUAGGUCGUUCAAGGACUAAAGCAACAUACGAAAAAUAUUCCAGAGACCCUGCAAGAACACCAAUGCAAUGGAGCUCUGAUACAUCAGCAGGUUUCUCAACAAAUAAGACUACGUAUCUUCCUGUUCACCCAGAAUACACAGACAGAAAUGUUAAAGCACAAGAAAAUAAAACACAGAGCAAUUUAAACACCUACAAAGCCCUUGCAGCUCUUAGAAAAGAUCAAGUGUUUACUCAUGGAGAUUUCGAGUUUGCAACCUUAAAUAAUGACCAUAUAUUUGUUUUAAAAAGAUUUCUGAAGAAUUCUCCUAUAUACGUUGUUGUCAUUAAUCUGGGAUUACGACAAGAACGAGUUAAUCUGACUUCAUUGUAUCCGAAUUUAGGGGAUUCUAUGGAAAUUGUUGUUGCUUCCAGUAAUGCAGUUCACGUAUCAAAAGUCAUUUCAACAAGGAACUUUGUGCUCACUGCCAAUGCUGCAUUGGUAUUAAAAGGCAAGGAGAAGGAUCCUCCUGCCUCAGAAUCGUCUACCUCACUUCCGCCCACGAUUCCGGUACCAAUUCCAACUAAGCCUACAAAUUCUGCCUCUACGUUCAAGUUGCUAUCACAAUUGUUAUUAAAUACCAUUAUUGUGAUACUACUGUUCAAAUAAAUAUUUAAUGAUAACUUUAAACAAUUAAAAAAUGACAA